AUGAUCUUGCUCGGCGUUGAGAACCGGCUUAUCCGAGAUGUGCUAACGAGUUGGUUUCAGACCCCGACCGCUGUGGACCAAAUGUUUACCGAUUUUGACGGCGUCUCGUACCACUUGGAAUCAGCUAAACAAGGCCCACUUACGCUUUCGAUGGAUAUCCGAUGCUGGUCCGAGUUGGUUGAGAACGGUGUCCAAGAUAUGCUGCGCAAUAUAUAUGGAAGCUGGCUGAGCGCAUCGACAGAGGACGGCUAUUCGGUGAGCCUCCAGUUUGACUACAAUACCAUUCCCGCUCCUGGCCCUGAGCGCGACGCACUUAUCCAGUCUGCGGCCCUGCUGAAGCGAAAUGCCGUUGCUGCUCCGUUUGAGCGUGCAUUUACAGAGCAGGCAAAGCUUGAGGCGAGCUACGACCCUGCGUCGCCGCAGGCCACCACCAGCACAUUGAUCCCUAUCCACUACCGUGCCGACGAGGCGAUGUACAUUCUGUCCGCCCAUGACAGAGUCACGGUCGUGUUUAGCACACGUUUUGAUGAAGAGACGGACCGCAUCUUUGGCAAAGUCUUUUUGCAAGAGUUUGUCGAUGCGCGUCGCCAGCCCUCGAUCCAAAAUGCGCCGCAGGUACUGUAUUCGAGCAAGGAGCCCCCCUUGGAGAUCCGUGGUGUACCUGGCGUACAGAAAGCCGAGAGCACGGGCUAUGUCACCUUUGUUCUCUUUCCGCGCCAUUUUCAGCAUCCUGACGUGCGCUUCUCCACCAUCUCGCACAUCCAGCUCUUCCGGGACUACUUGCACUACCAUAUCAAGUGCUCCAAGGCGUACAUGCACAGCCGCAUGCGCCACCGUGUCGCCGAGCUCCUCAAAGUACUGAAUCGCGCAAAGCCAGAGUACGCGGAGAAGGAGCGCAAGACUGCGAGUGGCCGCGCUUUCCGUCGUGCAUAG